CAAAGUGACGGCGCCAACAGCAGCAACCCAACAACAACAGCAUCAACAGCGCAUCAGAUGUGAUAAUAACAUUCAUUGAUGCAACCCCAGGGCACCAUUUUCAUUAUCGAGUUUACAGUUGUACAUCAAUUAAUGUAUUCGUGGCUUAUCGCAACAGGAGAAAGCUGGUCAAUAUAAAACAUGGAAUUUGAGGGGGAACUAACGAAAUGCGAUUGUAACUAAGGAGGGAGCGGGCAUGAAAUAUUCAUUAGGAUCAAUAGCUAGAUUCAUUGUUCGGACGUGGGGACGCGAGGAGACAGAUUUGGAUAUCUCCAUCUUCCAGUGAAUGGGAGUCGAUUUUGAGUAGAAGUUCCAGAUUGGACGCCACUAUCAGAGAUCGAGGGUUGUCGGGGACGGAGCGUGUUUCGUUUGUGUUGCUUGGAGUGACGUUUUUGGAUUACGGUGUUUUGAGAAAUUACCUCCGACAGAAAAUGGACGCCGAGGAGUUCCGAAAGCGAGGUCGCGAGAUGAUCGACUAUGUUGCCGACUACUUGGAAACAAUCCGGAAACGUCGUCCGUUCCCGGAAGUGAGCCCUGGUUACCUGCGGGAGCUUGUUCCAGACGAGGCUCCAGAGAGUCCCGAGAAAUGGGAGGACUUAUUUAAAGACAUAGAACGUGUUAUUAUGCCAGGGGUGACCCACUGGCACAGUCCCCAGUUCCAUGCCUACUACCCCACGGCCAACUCCUACCCUGCCAUCCUUGGGGAUGUACUGUCUGAUGCCAUCGGAUGCAUCGGCUUCACAUGGGCAUCCAGCCCGGCCUGUACGGAGCUGGAGGUGGUCAUGAUGGACUGGCUGGCGAAGAUGCUGCAUCUACCUGACGAGUUCCUCUUUAGCUCGGGGGGACUGGGAGGCGGGGUGAUACAGGGUACAGCAAGCGAGUCGACACUGGUCGCCCUGUUGUCUGCACGGACCAUGUUUAUCAACAACAUGAAGAAGGAGAACCCCCAGAUUGAAACUGAGAGCAUCAUGUCCAAACUCAUCGCCUACACAUCCGACCAGUCACACUCAUCGGUAGAGCGGGCGGGGCUGAUUGGAUCGGUGUUGAUGAGGAAGUUGGAGUCAGAUGAGAAGGGGUCACUCAGGGGUCACACGCUGGAGGCGGCCAUCAGAGAAGACAAGGCCAAGGGACUCAUCCCCUUCUUUCUGUGUGCUACUCUGGGAACAACCCCAUCAUGCGCUUUUGACAACAUUCCUGAGCUGGGACCCUUGUGUAAACAAGAUGGAAUCUGGCUACACAUUGACGCAGCAUAUGCCGGGAGUGCGUUCAUCUGUCCUGAGUUCCGACCGCUGCUGAAUGGGGUUGAGUUUGCCAUGUCUUUCAACUUUAAUGCUCACAAGUGGUUGCAAGUGAACUUCGAUUGCUCAGCGAUGUGGAUAAAAGACAAGAGAUUAGUUAGUGAAGCAUUUGAUGUUGAUCCCUUGUAUCUGAAACAUGAAAAUCAGGGGAAGAUGCCAGACUACCGGCACUGGCACAUUCCUUUGGGUCGGCGGUUCCGUUCUCUCAAGGUGUGGUUUGUUCUCCGGAUGUACGGCGUGAAGGGUCUCCAGGACAUUAUCAGGAAGGUGGAUUUGUGUUACCAGGAUGUACAGCUGGCCCACGAGUUUGAGUCAUUUGUGAAAGCUGACAGCAGAUUUGAGGUUGUCCAGGACGUGGUGUUGGCGCUGGUCUGCUUCAGACUCAAGGGAGAGAACUCCAUCAAUGAAAAGUUGCUGAAAGACAUCAACGAUGACGGACGUAUACAUCUUGUUCCCUCCCAGAUGAGGAAGACGUACUUCCUGAGAUUUGCUGUGUGUGCGUCUCGAACCAACUCAGAUGAUGUCAAGUUAGCAUGGAAAGUCAUCAAUGAACUGGCUACAAAAUUGCAAAAAUGAAGACACAAUAACUGACUGAUUUGGAUGAAAAGUAUUUUGGGGGCUUGGUGAGGAGGCUGAUGAAGAAGACUGAUGUAGAGGAGGGUUUUUAUGAGGUUGAUUCUAAGGUGUUUGUCAAGAGGUUUAUAGAGGAAGUGGUCAGGUCUUUAAGGAGUUUCUCAAGAGAUUUAUUAGGGAGGAUUUGUAAAGGAGUUUGUCAGGAGGCUAAUCGAAGAGGUUGUAAACAGGCUUUAUAGAGGAGGUUGUCGGGAGGCUUUUAGAAGAAGUUGUUAAAAGGAUCAUAGAGGAGAUGGUCAAAGGGUUCAAGAAGGAGGUUGUCAGGAGGCUUACAUUGGAGGUUGUCAUGGAUGUGGUUUGAAGAAGGUAUCAGGGCUUAGACACUAGGUUGUCAGAAGGUUUAUAGAGAUUAUUUGUAGGUUUAUAAUUCGAAAGUGGUCAGGGUUCACUUGUUUACUGAAGUCGUUGGGGUUUAUUGAGGAGGUUGUCAGGGUGCAUAUAUGUAAGAAGUUGUCAGGAGGUUUAUAUGAGGAGGUUGUCAGGAGAUGUAUAUGAGGAGGUUGUCAGGGGGUUUAUAUGAGGAGGUUGUCAGGAGGUUUUUAUGAGGAGGUUCUCAGGAGGUUUUUAUGAGGAGGUCAGGGGGUUUAUAUGAGGAGGUUGUCAGGAGGUGUAUAUGAGGAAGUUAUCAGGAGGUUUAUAUGAGGAGGUUGUCAGGAGAUGUAUAUGAGGAGGUUGUCAGAAGGUUUAUAUGAGGAGGUUGUCAGGGGGUUUAUAUGAGGAGGUUGUCAGGAGGUUUAUAUGAGGAGGUUGUCAGGGGGUUUAUAUGAAGAGGUUGUCAGGGGGUUUAUAUGAGGGAGGAUGUCGGGAGGUUUAUAUGAGGAGGUUGUCAGGGGGUUUAUAUGAAGAGGUUGUCAGGGGUUUAUAUGAGGAGGUUGUCAGGGGUUUAUAUGAGGAGGAUGUCAGGGAUUUAUUAAGGGGUUUUCAAGAUUCUUUUGCAUUGGUUCUUGCAGUAACAUAUGAGCUUCCUGAUCUGAUACGGUUUCAUUUCUUUAUUCAUCUCAAUUCGGAAAUUUCCUCUUGACUAAAGACUAUCACUACAGAACACAAAUAUACAGAUUUACCCUUGAUAGUUCAAUCUGACUUGGAACUCAGAAACAAGACAAUGUAUAAAAUAUUCACAACAAUGUAAUUGUGUGGCUCUUUGUUUUUGCUGGGCAGUGGGGUAGCCUAAUGGUUAAAGCGUUGGCUCGUCACGCCGAAGACCCGGGUUUGAAUCCCCACAUGGGCACAAUGUGUGAAGCCCAUUUCUGGUGUCCCCUGCCGUGAUGUUGCUGGAAUAUUGCUAAAAGCGGCGUAAAACCAAACUCAGUCAGUCAGUCAGUCUUUGUUUUUUGCAUUCAGAAGUGUCUGAUUACAUUCAAUUUAGGAAUAUGCUUGUAUAAAUGUUUGAAUUGCUCAUCCCAAGAAUUUGGAAACAUGGAUCCUGCCUUGAUCUCUUAUGGAUCUUGACAAACAAAUAUGGCAUCAGAAUGCAAUAAUAUAUUUGUAAUAAAAUCACCCCCUGUGAAAUAAAUUACAUCAUCAGGGUGUACAACUGUCAGUUUCAAACAUAUAUGUAUCUGGCAAUAUCUAAACAUACUUGUAAUAAUAAUAAUAAUAAUAGUAGUAAAUUUGCAUUGCGCUUUUUCCAUACUUGGAUAUUAUGCUCAAAGCACAGUGAGGAUUCUGAAUUUAUUGAAAAAAAAACACAAAGAAAAAAAACAUACAUCUAAAAGAAUAAUUGCAUUUUGAACCAAACUGCCUUAAAUUUUAGUGCUAAAAAAACGUUAAAAUAUUCAGUGAAUAUUUGUUGCGGAAUUGAUUCAGCCUUCCUAACGUAAUGCAUUCUAAUUUCACACAUGAAUGCAGGUCUUGUUCCACAUGACUGCCAUCGUAAUUUGCUGAUAUAGAAUCAAUUGUUGAAUAAUACACACCUAUUUCGGUCUUGAUCAGUAGUAAGUUGGCUUGAUGGAAUUGUAUGGGUUAUAAUAAAACAAUUUUAAAAAUCAAUUCAGUAUCUGAUGCUGAAUUUGACUUCUGUGCUUAAUGUUAAAGGGUUUUAUAAAACGAUCUGGUUGAAAUAUAAUCGGAAUGAAUUUUUAAAAUUUUUAAUUUGUCAAACUGAUGUAUUCUUAAUGCAGAAAAUGCUUGUUAAUCCAGUCCUAUAUUUUGAGGAAACCCUGUUCAUCCUGACCCGACUGAUCUGGAAACUCUGUUAAUCCAGCUAAUGUAUCAUGAAUCCCAGAUACUCUUAAACUGGUUUAUCUAGAAACCCUGUUAAUCCGGACCUGAUUGAUCUGGAAACCUGUUCAUCCUAACCCAAUUUAUCAUGAAACCCAGUUAGCCUUAAACUGAUUUAUCUAGAAACCCUGUUAAUCCAGACCUGAUUGAUCUGGAAACCCUGUUAAUCCAGCUAAUUUAUCAUGAAUCCCAGUUAGCCUUAAACUGAUUUAUCUAGAAACCCUUUUAAUCUGGACCUGAUUAAUCUAGAAACCCUGUUGAUCCAGACCUGAUUGAUCUAGAAACCCUGUUGAUCCAGAAACCCUGUCGAUCCAGACCUGAUUGAUCUAGAAACCCUGUUAAUCCGGACCUGAUUGAUUUUGAAACCCUGUUAAUCCAGACCAGAUUUAUAAAGAAAACCCUGUUAUUCCUGAAGUACAUGUUCUUGAGUCUAAUGCAGGACUGGAGCCCGGGGAAGCUGCCAGAAUCUUCACCUGAUUUGCGACCUGAGCAAUCGGUCCACACAGGACCACACAGGACCGAAUAAGACCAAAUAGGACCAAACAGGACUACAUGUAAAAAUGAACAAUCAGUGGGGUGUUAUAACAAAUUUGAUACUGUUGAAAUUGAUCAGAUGCUUUUGUAGCUCAGCUUGCCUUUCCUGAAAGAAGUCCACAUAAGGAACAGGCUAUAUAGAUGUAUAUCCCUUUAGUUGACAGCCCAUGUUCACAAUUUCCUUUUAAAGUUUGUUUAAAAAGUUAACAUCUUCAAAACAUGUAUGAAAACCAUAUAAAUAUUUUUGUGGCCUCAAACUUGUAAAUGAGGCUCUCGUGUAUCUUUCUUAAAUCAUCUGAAACCAACUCACUCACUCCAUGUGCUCACUUGUCAAAUGUUUGACAUCAAAUCUGUUACUGGUCAGCAAGUGUGUACCCAGACUGUUAUUACAAUGUAUUCAUAUACUGCGUUACCAUGGUGAUGUAGGUUUCAAGGGUGAUAGUAUUUAUAUAGUUGUUGUUUGGGACAUAGAAUAUGCGUGUUGUUAUGUUGUUCUUUGUAUGACAGAGGUGGUGGGAGAUUAAAACAUAUACUGGUAAAAAUGUAUACUCUUCAAAAAAUUAAUUUGAGUUUGAAAUGUCUUCAAAACAGCACUACGCUCAAAACAGUUGUCCAAUCACUACAAGGU